GCCAACUUUUAUUUGCACCUCACUCACCCUAGAGAAAGGCGCAAAUAAGGUAUAUCUUCCUGGAAUAUAAAAUCUUAGGGCUCGAAUCCCAUAGCGAUGGAAUCCAACAUUUCACGACGCCGGUUAUGUGCCUUCUGUUGUGGCAUCAACCUCGAGGAUCUAAAGAGCAUCGACGGAUACAUGCACCAACCGACGUGUGAAGCCUUGAUUACAAGUGCAGAUACAUGCGAACUUUGCGAUUUAAUCCGCAUUCUUUUCAAGCGGUGCAUCUACGACCGGCGCCUUGCGAGUAGUCCUAUCAGAAAUAUCGACGAUGCCAGGUAUCUCGGUCCCGUUAGGUUAUUUGCGGCUAGCCGCGAGCUUGACUUCGAGAAGGGCGGAUUCCAGCGGCGUGAACGAAGCUCUGUUGGGGACAACCUGUUGUCGCAGAGAGUGGCUGUGACGUUAGGUACAGACGACACAGACCUUCACUAUGGGCCAGAAUUUCCUACUCUGCUUAUGUUCACCGAUCCAGACUCAUUUGCAGAAUCCAAGGGUGUUGUUGGACUCUCAGCUUCAGCUCGAGGAAUUCAAGACGACCAUCUCUGCAAUGCUAACAUAUCGAGAAUUCGCAGCUGGACUACGGAAUGUGAAGGAGCUCACCUGAGCUGCAAUACGCGUCUCCCGGGCUUGAAUAUCGGCGAUAAAGUGGCACCCGGGCGUCUUAUUGAUACAGGUUUGCCGGGACACCCUGAAAUAAGACUGAUACCGACAAACGGACUUUCAGCGAGGACGAAAUAUGUGGCUCUCAGCUAUUGCUGGGGAAAGCACCACACUGGCGAGCGUACUACAAAUCGGACCGUUGGUCGAAUGAUGGAAGGCAUUGCCAUAGCCGAGCUUUCGCAGACAAUUCAAGACGCUGUCAAAGUGGUCCGCGAGCUAAGAAUUCAGUAUCUUUGGAUAGAUGCACUCUGCAUCAUCCAAGAGGACAAAGCGGACUGGAUUCAUGAAUCGAAGAAGAUGGGCCAAAUAUAUGCCAAUGCAUUCUUGACGAUUGCCGCAACCUCAGCUAGCGAAGCUGCCCAAGGAUUUCUUGUCCACAGUAACCGCUCUGGAAUCCCCAUUAACUUCAAGUUGCACAAAAAUAGUACAGUGGAAGGGAAGAUCUUUUUCAGAGAAUGUACCAGUCUUUUUAGCUCGUUCAGAGAGGACGUUGAGGAUAGUCCACUGCUUCGGAGGGCAUGGGUGAAACAAGAACGGAUUCUUUCUCGCCGUACGGUAGAUUUCUCCUCCAAGCAGAUCUACUGGACCUGCCGGACGAUCAGGCACUCUGAAGAUGGCCGAAAUGACUCAGACGAUGCGAUGGAAGCAGCCGCUCUCCUCAGAACGCUCACAGCUUUGGCCAUCUCGCCCAGGAUGGAUUGGGUGUUCUUUAGGGCAUGGGCUGACUUGGUCCAAACCUACUCUACUUUGGAGCUUACCCAUGAGAGCGAUAGACUUCCUGCUCUUGACGGGAUAGCCAAUAUCUCGAAACAGGUUGUCCCUGGCCGGUACCUUUCUGGGAUAUGGGAAGCAAAUCUCUCCCAAGGGCUCCUUUGGGAGGCUGCAGAACAUCCAGCGAAACCCUCGCCGGAGGUGUGCGUCUCUUCUUGGUCUUGGGCGUCCGUGUUUGGCCCUGUUUUGGCCGGUGGACAUGACCCGGUAGCAUCACAAGUGCAAUUACUCAGCACAACUUUCGAUAAAAGGGGACGCCAGAUUCUACAUCUACGGGGCCGGGUCCAUCAAUGCGCCGUGGAUAUCGAAGAGCGGCCUCCAUCGCCGCCAUGCCGAAGCGAUCGGAAAUUGAAGGAUCCACGAACCGAGGUUCCAAGUUACAGCUUUAAACUCAAAGCGGCUGUCGGCCCUCGACCUCCUGGUGCAAGGUUCGAGAAUACUUCCAAAUUCGACGGGGUUAGGGGUGUCGGGUUAGAAUUUUACGUUCUCGGACUUCAGCGUAGCACUUAUGCCAGACUGGAUUGGCAUACUGGCCUGCUGCUAAGAAGACUGGAUAGGAGCAGCGGCGAAUAUUUUUAUGAGCGUGUUGGCAGAGUGUGGUUAUUAGACCCUUUCUGGUAUGCUGUUGGAGAGUCCUGCUUAUCUUUGAUCUGAAGUAUUAGUCUGGUUUAACGCUGAACGCUACGAGAGUUGUAAGAGAGCUAACUAGUAGUCUUAUUAGCAUAGGCAUGCGUUCUAUAGAUAUUUCUCAAAUUGCUAAGUUACAAUCUACGUGCAUUAUUCUAGGCACAGACACUCUAGAGUAGUUACAGAAAUAAAAUCAAGACA